AUGGCCGCGCUGGCGGAGCCCUCGCGGGCGGCGAUGGCAGAGCUCAAGAGCCUGGCGAGGCGCGGCCGGGCGGAGGAGGCCCAGCAGCUUUUGCACGGCAUGCGGGCAGCGCAGCUGCAGCCGGACAGGUUUCACUACAACGCCGCGCUGGGUGCCUUCCGUCCGAAGGGCCGCUGGCAAAGCGCGGCGGCGCUGCUGGAGCAGAUGGAGGCGGACAUGGAGCCCAGCCUGGUGAGCCUCAACUCCCUGCUGGGCGCCAUGGCCGCCUCGACUUCCGUCUGGCAAAGGGCGGGGCUGGUCCUGGACCGCAGCCGCCACCUGCGGCUGCCGCCGGACUCCUUCAGUUGUACAGAUGCAAUGCACGCCUGCCAGCGCACGCGCCAGUGGCGGCGGAUUGUGCACUUGCUGCUGUCCUUGGAAGGCAGCAAGGCCGAGCUGAACAUGCUCAACUUUAACGGGGCAAUUUGCAACAUCGCCAAGGACCAGUGGCGCGUGAGCGUGGGCCUCUUGCAGUCCAUGGAAUGGCGACACGUGCCCAGCGACGCGGCGCUGCGCGCGGCAGCGCGGAAGGGACUUCCUUGGGCACAGGCUUUAGCGGCGGCAGAGGAUGCAGCAGCGCUCGGUCAUCUCAGCUCAGGCGCCGGCACGUGGGAUCGCUGCCUGGCCUUGCUGCAGCGGCUUGGAGCCAGCCGCUGCCAUGGCGCCGGCGUGCUAACGCCAGACGUGUCGGUGGAUGCCUGGGCCGCUGCGCUGAGCCUGGUGCAGGUUCCCCGAGACCUCCGGCGCUUGCACUGGCACCUGGCAGUGCGAAUCGCGGAGAUGGCGGCCUGGCAGGGCGUGCAGCCGCCACUCAUGCCCAGGAACCCCUGCUGGGAGUCAGCCUUGCGCGGCCAGCGCUGGCAGCAGGUGGAGACUCUGGCGGACUCGGCAAAAUGGAUGGAGGCAUGUGCCCUUUGCACACACCUCGCAGCCGGGAGCUGCCGAUUGGAGACCUCACGCACGCACAGCUCGCGUCGGCCGCGUGGCAGCGGUCGCUGGGCGUCCUCAACUCAAAUCCGCGGCAGUUGGGAGUCUUGGCGGCGUCCUGCGCGGAGCAGCUUCAGUGGGCGUUCACCUGCAGGCUGUUGGAGCUCAUGCCGUCCCGGCGCCUCGAAGUGCGCGCCGCAGGCUACAACGCCGCUGUGGCUGCCUGUGUUCAUCCUGGGUGGGCAAAGUCCCUUCUGGUUGCCCAGCAGAUGA